AUGGUCCAGACCCGCAAGUAUAACCCCCAGGAGAUCAACUACGUCCUCUCUCGCAUUGCAGCUGGCUGGGAUUUCAAGAUCAUCGCCAAAGCAUUCAAGCAAGACUUCCCCAGCCACUGGGAAGCACAAAAGUUCACAGCCAAACAGGUUGGGUACAUGAAGGGUGCUUUUCAACAGCCCCCAGGAACUGUCAAGCCAUACAGAGGCCCUAUCCCCGCCUUUCCCAACUCCCCUACCCAGCCAACAAGCCCAGCAGUCGUGCAGCAAAAGAUGGAGAGGAACAACUUCAUGGCUGGCAAUGCUACAGCUGGCAUGGCCAGUGAGCCCCAGGGUGGACAAAAUCCUGGCCAGCAAGACCAGACUGUUUGUUUACACUACCCCAGACUUCUGGAAGAGAACUUUGACGCCCUCUUCAACAACAGCAUCAAUAACAACGACGCGCCUUUUGAUUACAAUGAUGGCAUCCCAAACCUUGAUGACUACGAUUUCAAUCUGCCCGAAGGAAAUCUGUAUCCGACCACGCCUCCUGGCAACAACUCUGCCGGCUUUCAGGCCAGUGCAGGAGAGGACCUCGGACAGCCCAUUCCCCCCUUGCCUGACAUGAGCCAAGACCUGGCCAGCAUAGGCGCGCAGUUUGACGUGGACGCGUUGGGUGAGGUCCUACAGGAGUCGGGUCCCAUCAUGGACGACAUGCAGCCUGGAGCAGACAACCCCCUACCCUCCAUUGAGCAACAAAGUCUUGGAGGUGGCGAUGUUCACGAACCUGAAGCCGUCGGCGGCGAAGUCCAGCCCAUGUUUCGAGGCAACGGCCAGGUCAUGGCCAUCACCAAGGAUGGAUAUAUUGGCAUCCCUAGGUACGACGGCAAGUCAGCUGCUGGUCCCAGGAUGCCUCCUCACUGCACGGGUGGCUCGGCCACGGAGCGUGAUUCAGAUGGCGUCUGGUUCGACGGCCCACACGACCGGUGCGUGGUCAUGUUGGAACACCGACACGCCUGGGACGGUGGCAUCCACUUCCGCGGCUACGAGGAGCUCGCGAACAGCUUCAUUGCCAUGGGCGACGCGCCUAAUGGCACUGCCUACAUCCUCGGCAUCUCCACCGCUCUUCAGGUAUUGCAGCACGAAGUGCGCACCACCUGCAACCAUGAGCUCUGCAUCAGGGCUAGGGACCUUGCCCAGCGCAGCGUCAACGCCGCUCUUCCUGCUGACUCUCCCUUCCGCCGUCACCCGCUAAAGGUGCCCCAGCCCGAGAUCGCUGCCCUGCUGGCCGAGAUCAACCUCCGACUGCCCGUCGGAUACUACUACGAUCCCAUGACAGAUAUGGCCGUCAAUUGCGAUUCGUUGGUUGAUGAGGCCUCGAUCGGUAGCACUUUCCUCGCAUCUCUGGGCAUCGCCCCCAUACCCGCGGGCCAGAUUAAUGCUCAGCAGGACGCAGGCAGCCAGGCCGACGUUGGACAGAACAUGCGCGGCUACCAAGAUAUGAGCACCGCACAGCAGGGCUCCGGCGCUUCCUCCGGCGCGCGAGACACUAGCCGACAGGCCACUGGCAUGUCCAACACCCCCGACAUCAACGCCCGGGUGUAUGACCCCAACGGUAAAGCCAUCAUGUACGAUCAAACUCCUCCGGCACCGUUCGCUUCCAUGGAGAAUUCCACAUCGAGUCAUCAGGCCCAGCAGACUGGCGGUCCCCAGUACCACUCCCAGCAGUUCCAAGGUCGACAGAACAAUGGCUCGUCCAACCGCUCGCAGCAGCAGUCUGGACAGGAGAGAUCUGGUCCUCCAAACUACCCCCAGCAGCACCCUGUUCAUCAUCAGACAGCUGGAUCCUCGAGCCAGCGACAGCAGCACUAUAAUGAGCAGCACCACCAGCAGCGAGCCGGUUCCACAAACUACUCUCAGCAGUUCCUUGAUCAGCAGGCGUCUGGACCUUCGAGCCGACCUCAGCAGCAUGCUGGCCACCAGCACCACGACCAGCAGCGCAACUUCGCUCAGCAGAGAGCUGGAUCCUCAAGCCGUUCCCAGACCUACUAUGGCGAGCCCAGCGGUAGUGGCACUGCCAACCACCCUCAACAGUACGCUGGUCACCAGGGACGAGCUGGCUCAUCCAGCCAUUCCCAGCAGGGCUAUGGUCAGCAGCAGCAGCAGCAGCAGCAGCAGCAACCGCGAGGUGGCACUCCCUACCAGCCUCAGCAGUUCGCGGGCCAGAAGAGGGCUGGAUCUCCGGUCCACCCCGAGGAGGACCCUCAGUAUCUCCUCCGCCUGCGCCAGCGACAGGCGAACCAUGCUCGUCAGGGGUAA